GUGGCAACCGACGACACACCACACCCACCCGCGUCAUUGUGGCAAUCACACGCCGCCCAGCAGCAGGCGUCACCACGCCGACCACGCCGGCAGUGGGAUAUAAUGCAUCAGCUCGAGACGAGUCACGACGGCUCCCCACGCACUCUCAGCACCACCGCGACGCGCCUCAGCACUGCCAGACCACCUCCCACCGCUACCACCACCACAAACACCAACCAACCCCCCCUCACGUGCCAAUGGCCCCCAUCGCCACCACCACCCACCAGCCCGCCCAUGCCACCCCCGUCUCGCUCAAGGAGAAGGACGCGAACGCGUCGUCGCCCCUCGCCGGGCGCUCCAACGAAGAGUUCUGGAAGACGGCCAAUGACAAGCUUGUCAGCUUUGGCGGCGGCUGGAUGCCCGUCCGCAUCGUCAAGGCCAAGGGCACCGUUCUCUAUGACGAGGAGGGAAACCGCCUGCUCGACUGGACGUCGGGCCAGAUGAGCUCGCUCCUCGGCCACGGCCACCCCGAGAUCGUCGACACGGUCACCAAGUACGUCGCCAACCUCGACCACCUGUUCUCGCCCAUGGUGUCCGACCCCGUGCUCGACCUCGCCGAGCGCCUGACCGCCAUGCUGCCCAAGGGGCUCGACAAGUGCCUCUUCCUCUCGACCGGCUCCGAGACCAACGAGGCCGCGCUCAAGAUGGCCAAGAUGUACACUGGCGGGUUUGAGAUCGUGUCCCUCUCGGCGUCGUACCACGGCAUGACGCACGGUGCCGGCGCCGCGACGUUCACCGUCGGCCGCAAGGGCUACGGCCCGCAGGUUCCCGGCAACUUUACCCUCCCAGUUCCGUAUGCGUACCGCUCGCCGUUCCGCCACCCCGACGGCUCGUACGACUGGAAGACGGAGCUCGACUACGGCUGGGACCUGAUCGACCGCCAGAGCACGGGCAGCCUCGCGGCGUGCCUCGUCGAGCCCAUCGUCUCCACCGGCGGCAUCAUUACCCUGCCCGACGGAUACCUCACCGCGCUCAAGGAGCACUGCCGCAAGCGCAACAUGCUGCUCAUCAUGGACGAGGCGCAGACGGGCAUGGCGCGCACGGGCGACAUGUUCGGCUUCCAGCACGAGGGUGUCGUGCCCGACAUUCUCACCCUGUCCAAGACGCUCGGGUGCGGCCUGCCCCUCGGCGCGACCAUCACGUCGAACGAGAUCGAGGCAGUCGUGCGCCAGCGCGGCUUCUUCUACCUCACCACGCACCUCAACGACCCCUUGGUGUGCGCCGUCGGCGCCAAGGUGUGCGAGAUUGUCGUGCGCGAGGACAUGCCGCGCCAGGCGCGCGAGAAGGGCGAGCUCCUCCGCGCCGGCCUCCUCCGCCUCCAGGAGAAGUACCCGCUGUACAUUGGCGACGUGCGCGGCCGCGGCCUCCUGCAGGGCAUCGAGAUCAUCUCGGACCCCAAGACCAAGUCGCCGGGCUCCAAGCUCGGCGCGGCCGUCGCCGAGCGCUGCAUGGACCUCGGGCUCAGCUGCAACAUUGUGUCGCUCCCCGCGCUGUCGGGCGUCUUCCGCCUCGCGCCACCUGUGACCAUUACGCCUGAGGAGAUUGAGGAGGGCCUGCAGAUCAUGGACCGUGCGUUCGCCGAGGAGGUCGCCAAGCUCUAAAGUUAGAAGUAGUGCGUAGUGCGCAGUCGUAGUCGUAGUCAUCAGAAGGACACAGCAGUUGUAGAUACUAUUCUGGGUUUCGUAUUGUACGCAUCAUGUCAACCUGUUCAUGGAUA